GGCGAUUGGCGGCGCUCGGCGGCUCCCGGUGACGCUCCCUGCCCGCCCGGGGCGGUGGCGGGGCCGGUGGCGGUGUCCGGUGCGCGGUGCGGGCGGGUCCCGUCCCGUCCCGGUGCCGCGCGGUGCCGGCGGGGCGAUGCCGUUCCCGGGCGGGCUGUGGUGGCUGCUGUGCUGCCGGCAGGGCUUCACGCUGCUGCGGCGGGACUACGGCGAGACCGACCGGGAAGCGGAGGCCGACGACGACGAGGAGGAGGUGUCCUUCGAGCUCCGAGCCCAGGGGGACCAGGGUCCCCUGGAGGUGAGCCUGAGCCAGCCCACCCGCAGCAGCAGCGGCUCCGAGCGGUCCUUGCUCGUCGCUGAGGAGAUGCGCAGCCUCAUCGUGGAGAAGGGUCCAGGGCCAGUGGAGGAUGAUCCCGACACUCUCAUGAAAGGCUGGCUGCAGCGGGAGGUACGGGGCAGCGUGAAGACCUCCUGGAUCCGGCCUCGGAAAUACUGGUUCGUGCUGACGCCCGACUCCCUGGACUAUUACAGCAGCAAGGAGAAGGGCGCCCGGCGGCUGGGCUCCCUCGUUCUCACCAGCCUCUGCUCUGUGCUCUGGCCAGACAAGCAGACCUACAAGGAGACAGGUUACUGGAGCGUGAAGGUGUUCGGCAGGAAGCAUUGCUACCAUCUGUACACGGAGCACCUGAACGAGGCUGUGCGCUGGGUGUGUGCCGUCCAGAAGGUCAUUAGCAGCAAAGCUCCCGUCCAGACGCCCACCCAGCUGCUCAUGCGCGACAUCGAGGAGCACUGUGGCAACCCCGAGGUCCUGGAGCAGAUCUAUCGCUGCAACCCGAUCCUGCGUUACACCAGCAGCCCCCUCUACGCUUCCCUCCUGCCCUUCCCCUACGGCAGCCUGGACCAAAGCGCCCCUGGAAUCCGCAGCUACACCACACUGCGCGACGAGGCAGUGAAGCUCUUCAACUCGCUGCAGCAGUUGGAAUUGGAGCAGGACCCAGUGCCGCUGAUGCAGGGCAUCCUGCAGACCUGCCUGGACCUGCCGCCACUCGUGGACGAGAUCUACUGCCAAUUGGUGAAGCAGACCACGGAGCCGCCGGCGCCGGGCGGGCAGGGCGACCUGCACUACUGGCAGCUGCUCACUUGCAUGAGCUGCACUUUCUUGCCCUCCCCACCCGUCCUGCGCUUCCUGCGCUUCCACCUGGACAGGACAGAGUGCCGGUUUCCCACCUCGGAGAUGGCCAAGUACGCCUGCUUUAUCCGGGCGGCGCUGGAGAAGACGAAGGGGCGGGAGUGCGUGCCCUCCCUGGAGGAGAUCCUGGUGCUGAUGCGGAGGCAGGAGAUGAUUUGCACCGUGCACUGCCCGGGAGCGCCUGCCUGCAGUGUGGCCAUCAGCUCCCACACCACGGCCGAGGAGGUGGCCCGGGAGCUGGUGUCGCGCCUGGGGCUCUCCCAGAGCCCCAACCUCUUUGCGCUCUACGAGCAGUCCCGGCGGCGGGAGCAGCCGGUGGGCAGCACCACGCUGCUGGCCGACGUCCUCACCAGGUUUGAAAACCUGGCUGGGGAGCAGCAAGAGCAGGACCCGCCGUGCCGGCUCUGCUUCAAACACUACGGCUUCCUGGACACCGACAACGUCCCACGCGACAGCCUGGAGUUCGCACUGCUCUUCGAGCAGGCGCACGAGAUGGUGCUGCGGGGUUACGUGCCCACGUCGGAAGAGACGCUGCAGACGCUGGCGGCGCUGCGCCUGCAGAGCCUCAACAGCGACUUCUCCACCCACGCUCCCUUCCCGCGCCUGGAGGAACUCUUCCCACCCCACGUGCUGCACGCCCGCUUGCCUCCCCCUCGCCGCCGGCCACCCUCCAAGUGCCGGGGAGCCCGGCUGCGUGCGGGGCUGCUGGCUGGCGGGCUCUGGGGACAAGCGUUGGCCAAGCAGCGGGCGGAGCGGGACCAGCGCCUGCGAGGCCGCCUGCGCGAGGAGGGGGCCAGCACCAUGGCUGCGAUCGUGGAGAAGUGGAAGCUGCUCCAGGGCAUGGGUCGGCCCGAGGCCAUGGCUGCCUACGUGGCACUGGUGCGGGAGUGGCCCGGCUUCGGUUCCACGCUCUUCGAUGUUGGCCUGCGUGCGGUGAGGCUCCGGCAGGGCAGGGGCGGUGGGCAGCCCUGGCCCCCAGCAGCCCUGACAGCCCUCUCCCCGCAGAGCCCGGUUGGCGCCGGGCCCCAGCGGCUCUGGCUGGGCGUCGGGGCCAAGGCCAUCUCACUCUACAAGCCAGGAGAGCCUGAGCCUUUGGAUACCUUCUGCUAUGGCCGCAUCUCCUCCUUCGGCGCCUCCGACAGCAGCACCUUUCGCCUCUCUGUGGAGGACCAGGACUUGCUCUUCGAGACCUCCCAGGUGGACGAGAUCGCCCAGCUCCUCAGCACGUACCUCGCCUCCGCGGGCGCCCGGCAGCUGCCCCGGCCCCAGGAACCGGCCAGCAGCCCCCCUGCCCCGAAUCCCACCAUGCCACCGCCAGCGCUCUGCCCUGCAGCCGGGCCCUGGCAGCACCAGCCGCCCACGGGCUCCUUCCGCAGCUAGCCCAGUGGCCAGCGUGGCCACACAGGGUGCUCCCAAGGGCCGGCGUGGGGAGGGCGGCUGGCCCGGCAGCGAGCGCAGGGCUGUGCUGGUCCCCAGCUGCUCCCUGGAGCAGAGGGAUGGGGAGCUUAGGGCUUGCGCUCCCUGCACCACCGGUGCCUUUCUGGUCAUUUCCUUAAUUUAUUUCGAGACGCCUGUACCCACGUCUCCAGCACUUUCCCUGGAGGGCAGCGGGGUCCCCCACACUGCCCCCCAGGCUUGUCCCCAUCCCCUGGUCCUCUAUACCCCCGGUGCCUUCGCCUCCAGCACUCGCACUGCCUGGCAACCCUGCCCUCUCCCCCCUGGCUCCUGCUGCCCCGGGGGAGCUCUGCUGGAGCAGAGGGUGCUGGGCAGUGGUGCUGUGCCAUCGUCUGUCCGUCCGCUAAAACCCAUCCCUCCUGGAAAGCUGCGGGCAGCUUUUGGCUGAGCCACCUCGGGGGCCGUUGAACUCUCGGAGUGGCCGUGCCGUGCUGCUUUGCGGUGGCCCCAUGGCGGGGCCCAUGGUGCCGGGGUGGGCGCUGGUACGGUUGGGGCUUGGCCCCUCAAUGUUGCCUCUGUAAAGUUUGUCUGUUCUGUCUUGGGGAGGGGAGGGGGGGGUUGGCU